UUGUCCAUCUUGAUCACUUGUAUAGUUUAUGGACAAAUUAGUGACGUAAUAAGUCGUCAAGAGAUUUUCAUCGUUUUCCUAGAUUUGCACAGUAGCCAUUUUGUAUUCUUCUGCAAAGGAAAAUAAGCAAUUAUCCGCAAAGAUGCAGGACCCUAAAGAAGUUUUGAAACAACUUAAAGCAGGAACGUAUAGAACUACUGCACCUGACAAAAGAUUUCCCAAUCAAAAUCAAACUAGACAUUGCUACCAGCACUACGUUGAUUUUCACCGUUGCGAAAAAGUCAAGGGAAAAGGAAAUGCUCUUUGUAAAAAAUUCAAGAGGGAUUAUAUCAUCAUGUGUCCAAAUUCUUGGGUUGAAAGAUUUGAUACACAAAUAGCGGAGAAUAGAUUCCCAGGAAAAAUUUAAAUAUUUAAUGAAUAAAAAUAAUUGCGUUUUUUUGUAGAAAAUAUAUUAAAAACUAUCAAUACUAUAAUGUCGAAUCUUUUUCUGCUUGUAUUAUUUUCAGUUUAAAUAAAUUCAAAAAAGUAAAUAUAUUAAAAGACGAA